AUGGCAUCCACUCGCUGCAUAAACACAAGUUCACAGGUAAUCGUUAAUAAAUCCUCUGGUGCCCUCCAUAACGAGGUAAGCGAAAUUAAAUUUAAUUGGAUCAACACGUUCACGAAACAAGAACGGAAUUCCAACAAAUUAAAGAGAACUUCGAUUAUCAACUUGAUCAGCUAAGGAAAUCAUAUAGCUUGCCCGGAAAAAAAGAUGCAAAGUGUUGUCGGACUAGUUCAGACGAAAACGCUAGACUAAGACAAGAAAAUGCUCAGCUUAAGGAGGAAAAUUACUCCCUCGAUUACUCCUGUACUAUAUCGGACUUAAAAACCAAAAUAGAAAAUAUUGAAAACGAAAAACUGAGUUUGAUCACGGCUAUAAAGCUGCUACAAGAUGACAAUAAUUCUAGAUCAGCGAAUAAUAAACAGUCAACAUGUAGUACUUGGCAGGUUCACUCUAAACAAAGUUCACGCAAAAUUCCUGCUACUCACGUACAAAACAAACCGUUUACCCCCACUGUGAUAAAUAAUCAACCACGGGAAGUAACAACGUCAGAAAAUAGAUUCGAACUAUUAUCGCAUACUAUAGAUAACGACGAAAAAUUCAACACCGUUGAAAGUUCAAAUGAGUCUAACACUCCGUCGGUAAUAAAGCAAAAUUGCCCAAGGGAGGAUCUUAGUAAACGUAGCAAUCAACAAAGGGGUAAUCAAUCAACCAAACCCAACAAGGAUAAAGCAAAGUUUAAGGAUAGAAAUCGCCCAGAUAAUAACACAGGUGAAAAGUCUGGUAAACUCGCAUUUAUUGCAGGGGACUCUAUUCUGCAACAUGUGCAUGGCUGGGAAUUGUCCAGCGACGAACAACGUGUGUCAGUAAAAGCCUUCUCAGGAAGUAGAGUAGAAGACAUGCAGGACUAUAUAAAACCCCUGAUACGCAAAAAGCCUGACACAAUGAUAUUGCACGUUGGUACUAAUGACAUUAAAGACGACACCAAGUCAGCAGAGGUAGUUGCAGCGGGAAUAUUAAAUCUAG